CCGGAGCCGCCGCCGCAGCGCUGCCCGCCGGCGCUCCCCGCUCCCCGCCCUGCGCGGCGCGGCGGCUCCCGCCGGCGGGGGUACUAUGCUCACGCGAGUGAAGUCCGCCGUGGCCAAUUUCAUGGGCGGCAUCAUGGCUGGCAGCGCGGGCGCCGACCACGGCAGCGGCGCGGACUUGCCCCUCCGCUUCCCAUACGGCCGCCCCGAGUUCCUGGGACUGUCCCCGGACGAGGUGGAGUGCUCCGCUGACCACAUCGCCCGGCCCAUCCUCAUCCUCAGCAAGGAGACCCGGCGCCUGCCCUGGACCACGGGCUACGCGGAGGUAAUAAAUGCAGGGAAGAGCACACACAAUGAAGAUCAAGCUAGCUGUGAAGUUCUUUUUGUCAGGAAGAAAGCUGGGGGCUCUAAUUCUACACCCAACAAGAACUCUUCAACAAAACGGAGGUCGUCGCUACCCAAUGGAGAAGGUCUCCAGCUGAAAGACAAUUCGGACACAGAUGGAAUCAACCUGUACUACUGGUCCCUGUUCGAUGGACACGCUGGGUCGGGGGCAGCUGUGGUGGCUUCCAAACUGCUGCAGCACCACAUCCUGGAGCAGCUGCAGGAGAUAGUGGACAUCCUGAGGAACACGGCCGCCCUCCCACCCACCUGCCUGGGAGAGGAGCCCGACAACCCGGCCACCAACAGCAGGACGCUGACGCGGGCGGCCUCCCUGCGUGGUGGUGUGGGGGCCCCGGGCUCGCCCAGCACCCCUCCAACACGCUUCUUCACUGAGAAGAAGAUCCCACACGAGUGCCUGGUUAUUGGGGCCAUAGAAAGUGCGUUCAAGGAAAUGGAUUUGCAAAUAGAACGAGAGAGGACCGUGUAUAAUAUUUCUGGUGGCUGCACAGCCCUUGUGGUGGUGUGUUUAUUGGGGAAGCUUUAUGUGGCAAAUGCUGGUGAUAGCAGGGCUAUAAUAAUUCGAAAUGGUGAAGUCAUUCCAAUGUCUUCAGAAUUCACUCCAGAGACCGAACGCCAGCGACUUCAGUAUCUGGCUUACAUGCAGCCCCACUUGCUGGGAAAUGAGUUCACACAUUUAGAGUUUCCACGGAGGGUGCAGCGCAAGGAAGUUGGAAAGAGGAUGCUCUACCGUGACUUCAACAUGACUGGCUGGGCAUACAAAACCAUUGAGGAAGAUGACUUGAAGUUUCCCCUUAUAUACGGAGAAGGCAAGAAGGCUCGGGUUAUGGCAACAAUUGGAGUAACCCGAGGACUGGGAGACCAUGACCUGAAAGUGCACGACUCCAAUAUAUACAUCAAACCUUUCCUGUCCUCAUCUCCUGAGGUGAGAGUCUAUGACCUCCUGCAGUACGAGCAUGGGCCAGAUGAUGUUCUGAUCCUAGCUACUGACGGGCUCUGGGAUGUGCUGUUAAAUGAAGAAGUGGCAGAAGCUGUCACUAACUUUCUACCAAACUGUGACCCUGAUGAUCCCCACAGGUACACGCUGGCGGCGCAGGACCUGGUGAUGCGAGCCAGGGGAGUGCUGAAGGACCGAGGCUGGCGAAUAUCCAACGACAGGCUGGGCUCUGGAGACGACAUCUCUGUCUACGUCAUCCCUUUAAUACACGGGAACAAACAGUCGUGAAAGUAGCAUCAAGAGUGGUUAUAGGAUGGGGAUCUUUUGGGGAAGGGCCUGUAAGAGACAAUAUGUUUUUGGUGAUCUGACCAGGACACUUUCAAUUGAUGUAAUCUAUUCAAAACUAAUGCUGGAGGGGUAUUUUUCUGCCCGAAAGGUAGGGCUCUGCACAUAUACUGUAUAUGAUUAAAGAUAACCCUUAAGAUUACAUUUUCCCUAUAGAAAUGGUUUUGGUGCUUAACAGGAAUGGGAUUUAAAUGCUGCUAGCAUAUUAUGGAUUCUGUUGUCCCUCCAGGUGGGGAAUUAAUUUUUUUUUUCUCAGUUUACCAUGUAGCUUGGAAGAGCCAUUUCAGUUGUGAAAGUAGAAGUGGGUAUCAGAAGCCCAGGAGGCUCCUGAAAUCUACCCCCAAGUAUUCAGAAGGGGACUUGGGUCAUAUUUCAUUUAAAAAUACCUAUAUAUACAUAUAUGAGACUCAAGAGUUUUCUUCUUUUAAAAAGUUGCAUUUGUGACUUACCUAUGGACAACUUCAAACUUGUGUAACCCUUCGAACCCUCAUUUUCCUCUCUUGUCUCUUCUGCAGUAGACUAUACUCCUGUAUUUUAGUAGGAAAACUGAAAUUGUUUUCAGUGUGACUGUGCCUGUUUACCACAGCUAAAACAGCCACCUGCAAAAUUGUCCAGGAUAAGUAGGUCACAGUCUGUAUGGCAAGGUUUAUUCUGGUGUGAGGAGUUAUUUGUCAAGAUUCUCUGUUGUGUGUAUACCAUGAUUAUACAGAGCACGCAAACUCAGCUUUAUGUGAUGUUUACCUGGAGGCCAUGGUUUCUUUGGGAUCAAAGAUUUUCAUUCAUUGAAUGGUUCUGCCUGCUUUAUCUUGGUGAAAGGAUCCCUGACCAUACAGCUUUUACAUCAGUUGAGAUUCAGUACAUUUAUUUGGGCUCCUGAGUGUAUUUUUAGGUGGAUUCCUACUUGAAGGGGUGGUAUUGUUCUCGUUAUCAAUUUGUAUACCCAGAUAAUGAUCUAUUUAGAUGUCGUUUCACUUCUUCCUGCCUCAUUUAUUAUCCAGUAUACCUUUGCCUGCUUGUCUUGGUGACAGCUUAUAACUUUCUGUCGUCUUGAUAUUGAGGACUGUAGACAAGGAUCAGAAGAUCACUGUGAUAGAUACAAGCCCUUAGCUAGCUUCAGCAGCUUUUUUCUUAGCAGUGAUGAAUCAAUUUAAAUAAAGAAAAUCUGAGUAAAACAUAAUUAGAGUGAAAACAAUAGUCCAAGAGGGAAACAAGUGAGCAGAUCUGCAACUUAACCUGGCUGCCUGUUCUUCAAGCAGGCAGCUCUCUGACUUCAUUGACAGGAGUUGAAGAAGAAACAGAAUCAGAAUAUUCUAGUGUAUAGGCAGGUAUAUGGGCUGGGGAGCCAAGUUCAACCUAAUUUUUCCCCCAGACCACAUUCUUUCAGAGCUGCUAAUGUGGUUGGUACUACUUAGCCAAAAGACAGGGAGCUGACGCAACUGUAGGGCCCUGACUAGGCAGCUCACAAAUGUUGUGUCUUUUCUAAAGGAGGAGGAGGAUGCUGUGCCCUUUGCAGACUUUCUCCUGAACAGGCAUGGCCUAGAGCUUGCCAGUUUUGUAUUUUAUAAAUGUGCUGUGUAAACACCGCGCAGUGCGUGUGCUAUAUAGCUGCCCAGAUGCUUUAUUCGAUUGCAUCUGGAAGUACAUGUGCAACAGUCUCAGUGGAUUUAAAAUACCCUUGCUCUAAACCUCUAGACCCAGUAGGAGUUUCAGGUUGAGAGGAGGCAACGCAGAGUGUGUAAUGGCUCAAACAUGCAGCAAAAUGCAUGAUUUUAGCCUUAAAACUGUUCAGUGCAUUCCCCAGUGCCUGCAUGUAAUAAAGCUGUGCAGAACACGGAUGGUUUAUAUUCUAGAGCUUCAGCAUAAAUCAAUGGCAUAUCUGAUUAUGUGUUGUCAUGCUUUUUAUCUAUUCUUUCCUUAUUUUUUUUUUCCCUUUACCUCUUUUUCUGUGUGCAGCUGAGCGAAAAGAGAGGUUUGGAGUCUAGAAUAUUUUUCACAUGGCCCACCUCAUAUGUUUUAAAGUUUAAGCAAGAGAUCUUUUCUCGCACUUUUUUUUUUUUUUUUUUUUUUGCCUAAUAAACUUGUAAACAUGCUUUUCAUGCUCUGUGUAACUCCUGUUGUCUCUUCGCAAAUGCAGUUGUGCAGUCCUCUAGCAAUUCAGAUCUUCUUUCACAAAGAAACUAAUGUUGGCAAUUCCAGCAGUCAUCUGAACAGCAAAGAAGCUGGUGCUUGCUGGUACCAGCUACAAGCCUGAGUCAAAUAUUUCAGUGCUUAUGCAUUGUUAGUCCUCAUUAUUUGGUAACAUGGUGUCAACACACAUACCAGUCAUUAUAAAACCACUGAUUACAAUGUGGUGGAAAUAAAUUUGCAGUGUAGCAUUUGCCAAAAUUUGAAAGUGAAACUACAAGGCAGUGGAAAAUGCACCUUCUCACUGAGGGGCAUUUUUAAAUGUACCCCUGGAGAGCCAGGUUAGCAGAGUGCGUGACCUGGUGGGGAGCAAACUGGCUGGUGUCUUCUCAGAGCAGAAUCUUGUGGGCACUGGUGUAUGGCUUUGUGAAUCAGCCUCCCUCCACUGUGUCUGUUGUCCACCUGAGAUACUGCUGUCAGUCAGCCCCUCUCCUGGAAAGGGCAGAAGUACAGUAUCAACACUUAAUAUCAAUUAGCAUCAGUGAAUAAAUUCUGAGACCCUUAAAGAAUAAUAAAAAGUUUCCUACUCAGACGUAUGUGACUGAAACUAUGCUGUGAUGCUUUUUGAUUUGCUUUUUUACAAAGUCUCCGUUACACAUGCUUACCUCCCUGGAGCAUCUCCGGUACAUCUCUGAUACUCUGUUAGUACGUGAGCUUUCACCUCUGUCUGCUUUCAGCAGGAGCUUCUUACCUGCCUGCACUGUGGUCUGUGCUCUGCUUCAAGGCAUGGUAUAAAUACAUAUACACGCUGAGGCAUCAUAUAAAUAGGAGACAGAAGUCACUUAUUGGAGAGGUAUUGUGUGAGAAGCAAGAAUAAUUAAAAACCUUUCCAAUUCCCUUUGUAGGUUGAAUUAUUUUGGGAGUCACAGCAUUAAAAACCACUGAUGGCAGGGAGGAUCCACGGUGCACAAUACCAUUUUUCAGAUAGGCACAUGUUCAGCUGCUCUAGGGCUCAGUGAAACUCCUGAGGUAGGAGCAGACAGCUCACCUUCUCACACUGGAGCAAGUUGGGCACCAAGUACAAAUUUUAGAUCCUUGGCACAUCAUCUUAGUUACUGCCUGGUGCUGGCAGCACUAUGUGGUUUUUGCCAGUGAAGUUCCCUUAGUAUCCAAAACUGUUUGAGCCUGAGCAGCAAGGAACCUCAGUCCUGAGUUACGUUUGUGUUCAUGUUGCUGCUGCACCGUUCUGUGUCCUGGCCUGUACGUAGGCACUGCUUAGAAAGUCAGGCAAGGCUUGUCCUUCCUCGGACCAAGGCAGGGAGAGGCAGCAGCAGGCCCUGUAGUUCAGGUUGGCUGACUGUGUAAUCAAAGUCAUAUGGUUCCUAGUCUAGUCCAAUUUCUAGAAACUCAAAACCAAGAAGCUUCUACCAUUCUCCUGUGAAUAUUGUUGCAGAAGGUAGUACAGCCAUUUUGGACACGCUUCUCUUGCACUACAGCCUAAAAUACUUGUUUAAUUUGAUGAAGGUGGGUGGAAAUUUACGCCUUCAGGGAGGCACAUGACCACCUUUGGGAACGUUAAGGCAAUGACGCUUCCUUCAUGAAGUGUAUUGUCUGAGAGGGCUGAUGUUCAGUGGCCUCAUGCUGGAGAGAGAGAAUUUUCUUAAUACUAAAACACAACAGGGCUAACAAGCUAAAGGAAAAGUGGUCAGAGUCUGCUGUUAGCAGUAGAUUUCCAUGUUGAAGUCACUUCUGUGUUAGAAUACGACAGGAGAGGUCUGUGAGGUACAGUCGAGACUGUGCCUGCAGGAUAUUUUUGAAGUACUGCACUUGAUGUUUGGGCAGAUUUUGGCUUUGAACUUUUGCUACAUUUUUAAAGAACACUACACACUCCAAGCAAAUCUACUGUGUUUUUUCCUGCCUUGGCGUUUUGCUUUUAUUUUACAUCUUAUGUACAAAUACUUUCAACAUUUUUGUAUCAAACAUGAAUUGCAAACUGUGUGGAAUUGUUGCUCCUCCCUGACAUUUUUGCUGUGUAGUUUUCCUCCAUGUCUUAGAUGAAGAUACAGUGAUGUGGCUACCAUAGAGAGAGUGACCAAACAAUGCUGUAACGGUGCUGCUGUAUUUCUACCUGUGAUGUACUUGAAGGAGGAUGCCCUUGUCCACUUCCACUCUCACUGUUUUUCCUUUUUUUUUAACCAUUGCUGGUGGUGUUCUUUCAUAGGUGUCUUAUUUUGGUUUGGGAUUAUUUUUUUCUAAUAGCUGCCACAUUUUUCUUCAUUGGACAAGUCAUAUUGUUUUCAGAUCUGUACAACUGUCUAGGUUUUAUAUGCCCUGAAGAACAGAGGACCUGCUGGAGGAAGAUGUUUUGGACCAAUGUACUUCUGCUUUGUGACUGUGAAAUGUUAAUCUUUUUGUAACCUAAGAACAAAAAAUGUUUAGUAAAGGGAUAUAUUUUGUGUUUUUUGAAACUUUUCAGUGCAAUGAACAAAAGAGGAAGAUGCUGAAGAAGUGUAUGCGCAAAGUUUUAAAAUAAAAUUUUAAAUUAUAUAUUAUAUAUAUCCA